AUGGCAUCCGAGCACGGCCUGCAGAUGUACAUUGAUGGCCGCCGCGUCGCCAUGUCGACAGCGUGGACGAGCAAGGAGCCGUCGGUUCCCCUCGACUACACCGUCUACCUGGGCAAGCCAAUGCAUAGACAUCCUCGACGACAUGCCUGGAACAUCAGGGAUCUACACAGAGAUAUCAACCACGUUGAGCUGCCGAUGGAAUCUGUCAAUCAGGUGAAGCAGACGAUGGAACAUCCGACCCUGAACAUCCGAACCUCCGGUUAUCCAUCAAUUGUUCCCGGACAGGUUGCCAACGCCCUCUAUCUGAAUGGCCGUCAGCAGUUCCUCGACCUUGGUACCAGUACAAGGACCUGCCUGGAUGACGUUAGGACGUGUAGGCACGGAUUCACAGUCAGAUUCUGGAUGAAGUCGCCGAAUCUCUCGGACAAGAUGCAGAUUCUCUCGCUGAAGGAUGCGCUGAACGUGUACUACGACAACGGCCGACUGUACGCGAGCGUGAACACCGAUCGCGACCGAUGGGUGACCUCGUAUGACGGCAUACGGCCUGAGCGAUGGUACUUUGUUGAGCUGAGCUGGGAUCCCGACAUGGGUCUGACUAUGUUCGUGAACAGCCAGCAUGUCGACGUCAACUCUGUGCCCGUGCAUGUAACCCGUGGCAACCGCGCGGCAAACUUCUACGUCGGCCGCGGCAACACGAACAUGCAGAGAGAGAAGUACGGCAACGUGAACGUGGACGAGAUGGAGGUGUGGGAUGCGAGGAGAGCUCUGCUGCUCUCUCUGGGUCAAAUCAAACUGGAAGAAUUUACCCCAACGUCAACAUCACCACCAAUUGUUCUAACGCUGUCGCCAACUGUCCUUGUUACUGUUCUGCCGCCGACAGCUGAACCAGACAUUUAUCCACCGUAUACUGGAGAGCUACCGACGAUCACUGACAAUGACCCGAGGUUCCAGUACGUGUCAGGGCAGGGCUACCUGCGGUUGGAGCUAGAGAAGGCAGGCAUCCACCUCACUGACGACUUCCAGAUCAGCACGACGUUCGCCACCUACCAGAAGGACGCGCUGCUCUGGUACCUCGGCAACCGCAACAAGAACAUUCACCUGUCCCUACAGAACGGAUAUUUGAACCUGACGGCUCGGUUCACGCCGCCCGGCUAUGCGUCGCCUCACUUCAAGGUCUACAGUGUCAUCAGACCCCAGCCCGCCUUCAGCGACGGAAACUGGCACACCGUUACUGUCAAGCGACGUGGAGACAAGCUGUGGAUGUACAUCGAUGAUGCUGAGAUUGAGAUCACGGACUGGGUGAGCGGUCUCUCAUUCGAUGACGUGCCUGACAAUGUGAUCUACUUUGGAGGCACGCCGGACACUCCAAACUGGACCAAUCGCAGAGUUCUCCACAAUCUCCAUGGUUACCUGAAAAAGAUAUUCAUUGAGACGAGGAAGGAUGUCUACCGGGCGAUCGACUGGAUGCUACAGGGCUCCACAUACGUGUUCAUCAAUGAUGGAGUGGAUAUCUCCUACACGCGUCCGACGCAGCCUCCCAUUACCCACCCUCCCUUCACGUGGCCGACGCGACCUCCCGUGACCAGCCCUCCCUUCACGUGGCCGACGCGACCUCCCGUGACCCGCCCUCCGAUCACGUGGCCGACGGUCGCCACUCCGGCGCCGCCGACGCGACCGCCGUACACGUACCCGCCGGGCUACACGCGCCCGUCGCUGCCUCCCAACGAUCAAGCGCUGAGCUUCCUCGGCGCCGGCUACAUCUCGAUGGACCUGUGGGGCACGCUCGACGCCGCGCGCGUCUCCUUCGAGUUCACGACCUAUGCGCCGGACGGCGUGCUCGUCUUCACGGGCGGCAACCCGGUGAUGGCGGUGGAGAUGAAGGCCGGGCGGCUGUACUACGUGCAGACGCACGGCGGGCAGGCGCGCCGCUACGCCAUCGACGACUCGCGGCCCGUGCACGACGGCCGGCCGCACCGCUUCGCGUUCACGCGCCGACCCACGCUCGUCGAGGUCUCGCUCGACGGCAACAGCGUCGAGUUUGCGCAGACGGUGGCGGCGCCGCGCUACACGCACAUGCUGAUCGGCGGCGUGCCGGAGGAGCAGCGGCGGCUGCUGCCGGCCGAUGCGCUGUGGACGGACGACUACUUCUUCCACGGAUGCAUCAAGGACCUGACGAUCAACAACUUCCCGCAGAAGUUCAGUGAGAGUAUGCAGGUUCCUAGUGUGGUGAUCAGUAACGAGGGACGGUGCACGAGGCAGGUGGACCACUGCGCUCUCAACCCGUGCCGUAACGGUGGCCGAUGCUACAACACAGAGUCGAGCUACUUCUGCGAUUGUUCGAGCACAGAGUUCCAGGGACUGCGAUGUCAGACACCGACCGGGGGAGAGCAGUUUAGCGGAGGCUGGUAUCAGGUGCUGCGGCCGCGACAGCCGAUCAUAGCGGAGAAGAACGAGAUCAAGCUGCGAUUCCGCACGGCAGGCGACAACCGCUGCCUGCUCUCUACCGACGCGAGGCGCGCCGGCUACAUGUACGUCUGCCUGGAGAACGGACGUCUCAAGACCAUGUUUAACCUCGACGGACGCAGAGAUCAGUGGUACUACACAGGCAGGAAUCUGGCUGACAAUCGCUGGCACACAGCCACCAUUGUACGUGACGGUGCCGACCUCACCAUAAACGUCGACAACGGUCAGCCAACUAAAGGAACAAUCACUGGACAGAUCCCACCGCUGCACGUGAGCACGCUGUACGUGAGCACGCUGUACGUGGGCGCUCACAAUAAGGACGGCGUCGUAGACUACUCCCGCCUGUGGAACGGCUACAUUUCUCACAUCUACUUCAACUCCGAGUCGCUGCUCGAACUGCCGCCGGGCGGAGGCUGGAACAUCGUCAUUGAGGAGGGAGGUCCGGUGACGACGGAGGCGCCUAUUACGCGCCCGACCCGUCCCCCGAUAGUGACCCGCCCUACUCAGGGUGUGAUAACCACCCCCUCUACAGCAGCACCUGGUGUCUCCCACAUCCUCGUCUUCAACAACAACGACCUGAUGAAAGUUUAUCCGGCCGAGUCAUUGGAAGUGUUCGAAGAUUCUCAAAUAGAAUUGUCAUUCCGCACCACGUCACCAUACGGAUACCUGAUGUCGACUAUUGACAACAGCACGGACACCUACAUACAUCUGUACCUACACGAGGGAAAACUGAGAGUUGCUUACAACACACACCACGAGAAUGGCUUAAGAUCAAGGAUCUGGGAAGGCUGAGGAUCGAUCAGCUGAACAUCGGUGGUCUGCAGCACAAGACCGACGUCUAUGAUCGUUACGGUGUCUUCAGCGGCGACAUUAGGGACGUCGUGCUGGACGACCUCAACUUCAUCAACAUGUACCAGACGGGCGAGUACGGACGCAAGAUUCGCUACAUCUCCUAUCCGCACUCCACCGGUAGGGACGGUGCUACGAGCUUCAACAAGGACUACUACCUACUCGCGACGCUGAAGAAGUCGCAGCUGGAGCACGACAACUACCUGUGGCUGAUCUUCAACACGGGCGAGGCAAACACGGGCCUCGCGAGCGUGUCGUCGCGCGACGGAACGAUGCGCGGUUCCCUGAACCUAGUCAACGGGAAGCUGGUGUGGACGAUGAUGCUGAACGGAGAAAUCCUGGAGAGCACACCACUGGGAGCCAACCUUAAUGAUCUGAUGGAUCACCGAGUGUUCGUGCAUCACGUGGGCAAACACGUGUUCAUCACACUUGAUGACAUGGUACCCCCACAACGCAUGGAUGUUCCCGGUGGAGCCAACAAGUGGGAAAUCCACAAUAUCAAUCUCGGUGUGGGCACGGACCACGGUGGCGUACUUGACAGAGGAACGCUGUUCAAUGGAACACUAAAGGGACCUGUCGUCAACGGCAAAGCUCUCUUCUUCUUCCUGCUAGGAAUAGAAGAUCCGGACGUCAUCAUAAACUACCCCGAGACGAUACCGGUGCCGAGCGUGCAACACUUUGACGGAACGUUCUACGUGGAGGUGGAUCCGUCAUCGCAGGACUACGAGGAGAUAAAGUUUGACUUCCUCACGUCAUCGGCCGACACCGCACUGCUGACGACGACAUCGAGCACGCGUCGCGACGCCAUCACCAUCGCGCUGGAGGACGGACAACUACGCGCCUACAUCAGGAUAGGUGACAAGAUACAGCAAUUGAUUCCUAAGAAUGAUAGGAAGUGGAACGACCAGUACUGGCACACACUCAGUCUGUCGCGGUUUGGAAACCAGUGGACGCUGCGAGUGGACAAUCACGACCCUGAAAUACGUAACAUGCCAGCCGGCUCAGGUAACAUCGACGUGAAUAACAUCAACAUCGGCGUGAGACUGCUGAACGACUACUUUGGAUACUUCAACAACCGGACGGUGUUCGACGGCGAGAUGCGUCUGUUCACCUACAACGGUGUGAACGUGUUCGAUCUGCGCGACGGAGACCUGGGAUACCGGAUUGACCCUCACCACCCUAUAGACGUACCAACGCAGCUUCACUUUGAUGGCUCCACCUACAUGAAGGUUGUACCAACGCCCAACAAGCCGAUCCAUGCUCGUAAGAUUGCGCUGCAGUUCCGCACGAAGGAAGAUGGCGCCACCUUGCUGUCCAUCAAUGGCAAGGAUGGCAAGGGUCGCGUGUUGGAGCUUAAAAAUGGGAAUCUGCGGCUGGUGAUGAAGAGAGGGGGAUACGUGCAAUAUCUGGAUGUACCCGGCGUGAAGCUCAACGAUGGACGCUGGCACAUGGCAACCGUAUCCAUCGAUGGAGACUGGGCAUCCCUCUCCGUGGAUGGGCAGCCUCCGAGAACCAAGCGGUCAGUAUUAUCGAACAUGGGUGUGGAAACAAAGUGAACGUUGGUGCGAUUAGAG